AUGCUGCUGCUGCUGCUGCUGCUGGAGAUCGUCUGCGUCUUGUGUGCUGCUUCGACGGUUGGGGCAUCAUCAAGCCAGCGCAAGUAUGACGGCAGCACACUCAGCUACGAUCCAAAGGGGAGAAUCUACCAGGUGGAAUACGCGAUGGAGGCCACCCGGCGCGGCCGCACCGUGCUCGGGGUCUGCGGGGGGGGUUGCGUGGCGCUGGUGACGAGAGACCCGUCGCCGCCGACGUCCUCGUGCCGCGCGGCGGGCCCGCACAAAGGCGUGUGGGCGGUAGAUACGCACGUCGGCAUCGCUGCUUGCGGGUGA